AUGGUGAAGACGUUUGCGCAGCAGACGCAGUACCCGUAUCCAUGGACGGCGUGUGUCCAGGCAUUCUUUUUGCGGUACCCUAACCCGCAGGCAUCGCAUGUGCUCACCGUCGACGUGCUCGACCGGCGCAUCGAAGAACGCCCGCCCCGGACGGCCUCCGGGACGCCGUCCGUCGUGCUGUGCACCUCGCGCCUGAUGCUCAAGCGCGGCUCGCUCCCGAGCUGGGCGCCGAAGAAUAUCAUCAAAAGCUCCGAGUCGUGGGUACUCGAGGAGAGCGAGGUGGACCUCACGCCACCCUCGGGCGAUGCACCGCGCACCAUGUCGAUUUGGACGCGCAACUUGGACCACACUGCGGUGCUGGCAGUGACCGAGGCUAUUCGCUUCGCGGAAAACACGGCGGGCGUCCCGCCUGCGCCGCCGACGACGUGCCUGACCAUGUCCGACAUCCGCUCGGAACUGUCAUUUGGGCUGCUGCGGCGACGCAUCGAAAAGUUCGGCCUGAAGCGCUACCUGGCGCACAAGGACACAUCGCGCGACGGUCUGAUCUGGUCGAUUCAGCACCUCGCACACCUUAUCGACCCGAGCAAGGCCGCGUCUGUACAGAAACAAGUCGCGCCGUCCAAAACCAAGACGCAGCGCCUUUUGCACGCGCUCCGCCCGCCGUUCCUCGACGGGUACCCGCUGGGGCCGGUUCAGUGGCUGAAAAGGCGCUGGCGCCAGUGGCGCGACGGGGAGCUGUCGAUGGGGUAUUAG